AUGCAGAUAGACUCUGCCGACCACUUCUAUGCCACCAUGAGUGGCAUCAUGUCGGAGCUGGUUGAAGGCCGCAUACUGCAAGCUGACGAGCUGAUGUCCCAAGUUUACGAUUUUGCUCCACUCCCGUAUCCCAGAGUAAAGCAGCUACGCGACAAAUUUACUUACAAUAUUACACCAUUGGCUAAUGCUACACCCCGUUCCCUCGAAACCUUAGUUGCUGGCGGACGAGCCAUUAGAUCUAGUCCUCCUCAAGGGAUGCCUGGUGCAACUAAGCGAGGUCCCCUUGUGGCUGCACUUACCUUGAGAACUGGCUGUUCUAAUAAGCCCUGCAAUGCUAACAUGGCUACUGGGAUUGGAGUUAGCAAUGUUGCUGGUGAUGAGGUAUUAACUGCUGGGCCAGAAGGGACCGAUUCCUCAAAUCACCUAAAUACACCGGUUUCGGCGCUCUCUCAGUCAAUGAAGCGGAAGGCCUGUUUGGCCGAGGCCCAUGCUGUAAAGGGGGCUGAUACGGAUUUGGGUAAAGUAGAUGGCCGGCUGCUCUUGUUUCGCGGCCUUACCGGGUCUGUCUGCCGAGGUGGUGCUAAACAAGUGGAGCACGACAAGGACAAGACUUUGGCUACAGAAACACCAGCCAACUCAGGUCGACGCCGGGGCUUCUUCCUCUGGCGAAAUAAUUGGACUAGACCGUCCAGUAAAGGAAUAAAGGCUAAUAAAGGAAUAAAUGAUGCAUCUGCAGAUAGGUAA